AUGGCGUCUCAAGAAACCCCGUUCAAGAUUGCUAUCUCAGACGACGAGCUCCAGCUCCUCCAACAAAAACUCUCUUUGAUCAGGUUACCAGACGAACUCGAAGGCUCCGGGAAGAAAUACGGCGUACCAUUGAACGAUAUCAAGCGUCUCGUCGCUCGGUGGAAAGACGGCUUUGACUGGAGAGCCCAAGAAGCCGCUCUUAAUGCUGAACUGCCCCAGUUCACUCGGGAUAUCGAGGUGGACGGGUUCGGAGUGUUGAACAUCCACUAUGUGCAUAAGAAAAGCGACGUCGAGGAUGCUGUACCGCUGCUCUUUGUUCAUGGAUGGCCAGGAAGCUUCAUCGAAGUGCGGAAGAUUCUCCCGCUGCUGACCGCAUCGUCGCCCGAUCACCCGAGUUUCCACAUCGUUGCGCUGAGCUUGCCUGGAUAUGGGUUCUCGGAGGACAGCAAGAAGCAAGGGUUCAGGCUCGCUCAGUAUGCCGAGGUGGCUGAGAAACUCAUGAUAUCACUCGGAUAUAAUGAAUAUGUCACGCAGGGAGGAGACUGGGGAGGUCUUAUCACACGGAAGAUCGCUAGCCUCUACGGUGGAGAACAUAGCAAAGCCUUACACACAAAUACGCCUACAGGACGCCGUCCGACCAUCUACGAGCCGAUCCUAUUCAUUCAGCACCUCGUCACACCGUACACAGAGACAGAGAAAGCUGGCCUCAAAUGGAGCCAGUGGUUCCGUACGAAAGGCGAAGGCUACCUCAUCGAACACGCUACGCAGCCUCAAACGAUGGGAUACUCGCUCACCGACUCUCCCGUCGGUCUGCUGGCAUGGAUAUUCGAAAAACUUGUGAAUUGGACAGACGAGUACCCUUGGGAAGAUGACGAAGUCUUGACAUGGAUCUCCAUAUACUGGUUCUCGAGAGCAGGGCCUACAGCAUCUAUACGCAUAUACUACGAGGUCUUCGGGUCGUCCGAUAUUGGAAUGAUGACACAGAAACUUCCUAUACCGCUCGGCAUAUCAUACUUCCCAGCGGAGCAUUACUGUGUUCCUCGGCACUGGGCGCGGACGACCGGGAACGUCGUCUUCGAAUCCGAGCAUAAAAGCGGAGGGCAUUUUGCCGCGCAUGAACGGCCUCAGGAUCUGGUGGAUGAUGUGAGGAAGAUGUUUGGGAAGGGAGGACCGGCGUUUGGGGUUGUUCCCGGGAAGACGGGUUAUAGCGACAAACCUACCGGCCUCAAGCACUAGCAUUGGUCUGUGUGUGCACUUUACCAGGACAAUAUUUUCUUCGCUUUGUACUAUACGCAUACACGAGCAAUAAUCUUUCAUACACUGAACACGCAGAUAUUCUAAUAUUAGAGCCUCAUUCUUAUGCCAAGUUCGAGCACAUCUUUCUUGCGGCGGUUGUAUUAUCUAUCUCGUAUCAACUUAAC